CUGUAUUUUUGUAGUGACGUGGUGUACCUUGGAUGUACGAAGGAGCAAGAUGUCAUUCGAGGUUGGCCCGAGCGCGCCAGUUCGCAUCUCAAAUCAUCGAAAGUCUGCCGCUGCACCAAUUCGCAACACCACGGCGUCAUACAAUCUCCAACAUCAACACCCCAAUGGCUACACCAAUGAAAUGCAUGGCCACGGCUAUGAGGAGUAUUUCAAGUCCACGAGCGGCGCGCGUUACGCAUCGAACAUUCGCCUUUAGCACAUCGAGUCCGGUCGCAUCGUCGCGGAAACCAUCAGCGGGGAACGCAACUUGUCGGAGGGAAUUACAAACAACGCGAACUGGACUAAGGAAAGCUGCAAGUAGCUGCCAAGGACACACAAGGGAUUUUUCGCAAUCGACACCACGGAGCAAGCUCAAGACAAUAGAUCAGAUCCGGGCCAGGAACAAGGGCGGGCCAUUCAAUCUCACAGCAGCCAUCCUCUUCGUUGCAGCAGGUGGAGGAUUAUGGGCCUACUUCACAUACGAGAAAGAGCGCAUGGCAAGAAAGCGAAUCGCCGAGCAAACAAAGGGUAUCGGAAAGCCUAAAGUAGGCGGUCCAUUCCACCUCCAAGACCACAACGGCCAGCCAUUCAGCAACGAGGACAUGCUAGGCAAAUACUCUCUCGUCUACUUUGGCUUCACUCACUGUCCCGACAUCUGCCCGGACGAGCUCGACAAGAUGGCUCUCAUGUACGACAAAGUCGUUGCCGAAUGCGGCAACGUCAUCCUCCCCGUCAUGAUCACAUGCGAUCCCGCACGCGACAACCCCAAGGUGCUCAAGGAAUACCUCGCAGAGUUCCAUCCUGACUUCAUCGGCUUGACAGGCACCCACGAGCAGAUCAAGGAUACGUGUAAAGCGUAUCGGGUGUACUUCAGCACCCCCAAGGACGUCAAGCCUGGUCAAGACUAUCUGGUUGAUCAUAGUAUCUACUUCUAUUUGAUGGACCCGGAAGGCGAUUUUGUCGAAGCCAUCGGGCGCAACUUCACGGCGGAGCAGGCUGCGAAGGUCAUCUCAGACCACAUAAAGGAUUGGGAAAAGCCGUUGAAGAAAGAGACGAGAUGGGAGUAGACGAAUGCGCAUUGAAGGUUGGAGAUACAAAUGGCUCGUGUGACUUGCAUGCUACAAAAGUGACAAGGACGCGCGAGCCACACAAGUUGCGGGGAGACGUGUAGAGAUACUUUUGUACGAAUACGGUGAGUGGGACUUAUACUAUGUCAUGUGCGCCAGGUUUGUAGAUUACUUGUCUGAAUACCCAUGUUACGAGGACGCAGCAUUUCGCUGUAGAUGAAACACGUUCGUGAAUGAGCUGUCGCUAUGCUUCCUUUACGGCAGAGUUGGCACGGCGAAUGCUUGGUACUUCUCUUACGGGGCCAAGAUGCAAGGCAGUUGGCGCCCUAGCAGAUGGAUCGAUGGAGAUACCACGUGGGUGGGAUAGAUGUGGGGACCAUAAGCUCAACUGCCUGUAUUUCAAAAUCUUCAAG